UCUCUCUCUCCCCCUUGACUUUCGAGCGCCGUCAGUCUUUGAAUUCUCCGAGUAGAGGAAGUUCCUUCUUUCUCUGCCCUCGCUCUUAGUUCAUUCAAAUAAAAUAGCGAAGCCUCGGAGAAAACUUCAUUAAAUUUCCUCCUCUCUCUCUCUCUCUCAAUGACAUUUUUGCCGCGUGAAAGGAGGAUCACGCGAGCUGCAGGUGAUCGACAGAAGGUGCCCGGACUUAUUUCUUUCUUGAGUUGAUCGGUUGGUUAAAUGGAACAUUCAGUACGGAGGGAUCCAGUCAACUGCAUAUCUCAGUUCAAUAAUUUAUUACCUAGUAGAAAAGUGAAAGCCGGACAAGCUCAAAUAUGCUAUGAACGUAUAGGUGUCAUACUGACACUUAUCAAGCCGGUGGUUGAGGAGAUUAUUCAUUCUGAGUUGGCUUUAAAUGAGAAACUUCAGAGAAGAUUGGAAGAAUUGUGUAUUUGCGUUGAUGAUUCUAUGAAGCUCAUGGAAAACUGGCAGCCAAUGACGAGCAAGUUUUACAAUCUUUUGCAAACUGAAAUGAUAACUGAGAAGAUUUGCAUAUCUGCACAAGAGAUUUGCACAAUUCUCAGUUCCAUGGUCUUGUCAACUUCUUUAUCUUCCAAGGUGGUCCAUGUUCAGCAACAUGAAUUCACGAGUCAGAAUCAGGUGUUAUCAAUGCUUAAAGAAGCUAUAGAAGAUCAAAGGCAGCCUAGCUCUGAAACCCUAGCGAGAAUUGCAGAGUUUCUGAGCUUGUCAUCAAACCAUGACCUUCUAGUGGAGGCUGUGAUUUUAGAAAAGGCAAAACUGCAGGCAGAGCAUGAGAACAAGACUGCAGAAGUGGGGCUUAUAGAUCAAGUCAUUGGGCUUGUCAACCACAUGCAUGGCUGUCUACUGAAAAUAAAACAAUCCCAAACUCUCAAUGGGAUGCUGAUUCCAGAUGAUUUUCGUUGUCCACUUUCCCUUGAACCAAUGAGAGAUCCAGUGAUUGUGGCAUCUGGACAAACUUAUGAGCGAGUUGUUAUUAGGAAAUGGUUAGAUCUGGGUUUGACUGUUUGUCCAAAAACACGACAAUCUCUAGUUCACACCAACCUCACUCCCAAUAUUGCUGUCAAGCAACUCAUUGGAAAUUGGUGCGAGUUGAAUAAGGUUAAAUUUCCUGAUCCUUCCAAUGAUGUCAACUUAAAUCAACUGUCAACACUUCUUGAGGAUGUAGAACAUGUUCCUACUAAUGCAUGCCUUCCUGCAAUUCCUAGCCCAAAAUCUUCAGAGUCGGUCACACUUGCGAGUCCAGCUGACCACAAUUUUCCAAAUGAAAGCACACUUGCAUCUUGUCCAAGUGAAACUUUUUCUUCUCGAUCAGGUCCUCAGAGAGUUUCAGAUAGCAGUUCUGCAAGUGGGCCUUCAGUUGCCCUUCUUGAUGUUCAAGAUGAAUCUGAAGAUGAAGCCAAAUCCUUUCCAAUGAGGAAUGAAGAUGUGAGACCUGACUCAGAUGGCCUGACUGAAACUUUUGGCCGUCCAAAUGUAAUCACAAAUGAGGAAGAUCAUUUGCAAAGUGGCUCAAUUGGUGAAGGCUGUAACUGUAGCACAACAGUGUCAAGUGCAAUUUUUAUCAACCGUGUGCAGUCAGAAUCUGGAAAUCCCAUUGAGAUGUCUAAUGGUACUGCAAAUGAUAACAGGAACAUCUCCAGUGGGGUCACAUCAGAAAGUCCUGCUUCUGGUCAAGUAUUAGAUAUUAAAACUGGAAGCCAGUCCUUAUGGAGGCAGCCAUUUCAAUGGAACCUUGUCUCAAAUAUCACCUCCUCUCCUGCUGUUGCCUCAACGUCCAAUCAGUCAGAUAUUGAGGCUGAGGUUCAGAAGCUGGUUCAGGAUUUGCAGAGCUCAUCACAGGAAAUACAACGAUCAGCUGCUGUUGGGUUGCGGUUUCUUGCAAGACACAGCAUGGAGAAUCGGAUUAUAAUUGCACAUUCUGGAGCCGUCAUGUUGUUGGUCAAUUUACUGUACUCAACUGACAUGGAAACCCAAGAGAAUGCUGUAACUGCAUUGCUGAAUCUCUCAAUUAAUGAUAACAACAAGACUAUCAUUGUUGAUGCUGGAGCAAUAGAACCUCUUAUACACGUGCUUAAAGUAGGGAAUGUGGAAGCAAAAGAGAAUUCUGCUGCAGCACUUUUCAGCCUUUCUGUGACGGCAGAAAGCAAGAUUAGGAUUGGAAGAUCUGGUGCAAUUCAGCCACUAGUAGAUUUGUUGGGCAAUGGGACUCCCCGGGGGAAGAGAGAUGCUGCUACUGCUUUGUAUAAUCUUUCUAGCUGUCCUGAAAAUAAGCUGCGGAUUGUGCAAGCUGGGGCUGUGAAACACCUCAUUGAACUGAUGGAUCCUGCAUUUGGCAUGAUUGAUAAGGCUGUUGCUGUCUUGUCUAAUCUCUCGACAAUUCCAGAAGGAUGCAAUGUGAUUGGUCAGCAAGGGGGAAUUCCAGUCCUUGUGGAGGUUGUUGAGCUUGGAUCUUCAAGAGCAAAAGAGCGUGCAGCUUCAGCAUUGCUGCAACUUUCUAGCAAUAGCCGUAAAUUCUCUAACAUGGUACUACAGGAAGGAGCUGUGCCUCCACUUGUAGCACUAACCCAGUUUGGGACAGCAAGAGCUAAGGAGAAGGCACAGAUGCUUCUUAACCACUUCAAAAGUCAGCGUCAUGGCAAUCCAAGAAGAGCUGGAUUUGUAUAAUCGAUCCCUAGGUAUAUGCUUUAAUUCUUCUCAUGAGGCCAGCGCCAGAUUACCGCAUCUCAUGCUCCAACAUAGAGCUUAUGUGAUGUACACAGCGGAAAAUUCUUAUGCUGCCAUUUUUUAUUUUUUGAUAUAGUUCUCCGUUGGUGAUUAAUAUACAUCGGGCAUUUCUUCAACUGAUUCUUUAUUUUUAUUUUUUUGUAUUUUUCAAUAAUAUUUUAUAAUUGUCAGCUUUUCACCCUUGUGAAGAUGGUGUUAUUGUAAUUAAUGUGAAUAAUAAUGCCAAAAUGUAACCUGUUUCUGUAAUAUGAUUAUCUUAUAAGAUUUUCAUCUU